AUGACAGUGUGCGAAGUAAAUAAUGGGUUGGAAUUAAAACAAAGAAUACCACAUCUGGUGGGCUCAUCUGAACCUCAGCCGGUGACGGAGGUGUGCCUGGGGUGCAUCUGCCAGGCUGUGUCAGGGUGCAAGGCGGGGAUCCAGUGUGAUGGGGACCACUGCGGACUCUUCCACAUUACGUGGGCAUACUGGGCUGAUGCUGGUAAACCUACCAUCAAUGGACAGUCGUCGGACGCUCCUGAUGCGUACCCGAACUGCACAAACGACCCUUACUGCGCUGCCCUCGCCGUACAAGGAUACAUGAGGAAAUUCGCUCAGGACUGCAAUGGUGACGGCCGUAUCGACUGCUAUGACUACAUGGCUAUCCACAAGCGUGGAGGAUAUGGCUGCGUUGGAGACCUGCCCUUCAGUUACGUGAACGUCUUCAACCAAUGUGUAGCUGCUGUUGCCAACGCUCAGAAAUACGGCUAAACCUUUAAAUAGAGAAGAAGAAAGGGGAAGAAUGAGACUUUUAGAGGACCUUUUAUAAUGAUCAUCUACCAUCUUCUUGAAGGCAAUAUGUCUCCU